AGCUAUGUUGUAUGUGUCUGUACCAUGGAUUUUAUUGGGCGUCGUCUUCUGCUGACCAUUACAUUAACUGGAGCAGGAGUGGCAUUAUUAAUCAGUACAAUUGUCAAUGCAUUUGCAGAUGGAGAUGAAAGCCUUAUAACGAUGGGUGUUGUGUUUGCCUUCAUCGGAAGAUCCCUUGUCUCAGGAUCGUAUGCUAUCAUUUAUAAUUUCACGGGAGAGUUGUUUCCCACCGUAAUCAGGAGCAACGCUAUAGGAUUUGGUGCAAUGUGCGCCAGGAUCGGAAGCGUUUUGUCACCUUUUAUCAUCGGUCUUCAAGAUUAUGUGUCGUGGUUGCCGAAUACCAUAUUCGGGGCGGUGGCAGUGAUUGGCGGUCUCUUGUCUCUGACUUUCCGCGACACUACAGGCAAACCUAUGAUGGAAACUAUUGAAGAAGCAGAAUUGUUUCACUCGAGAAAGGACUUAUCAAGGAUAGAGAAAAUAAACGAAAGAUACGACGAUGAAGGAACUAUUGUUGUGGAUGAAGACAAAGGCAAGGCAUCGACUCAGUUUUAGUUCAGCCAAUGAAAGACAUGCAUAACUAAUGUCAAAGGCUUUUAAAUUGAGGAUUUUAUCAUUGGAAUUAUAUGUUAAACUAUACUGCGUUUUGAUCUCUUCGGUUCAGCAUACAGCUUACCCAAUUUAUUACGUAUUACAAUGAAUGUUGAAACUGAAAUUAUGAAUAAACGACUUCAACAUUGUUGGUCCGAUUUGCUCACACCUAUAUGCCGUAGUGCCUCUGGAUGAGUCAUGAAACCACAACAGAUUUUACGUAAUUUUAGAAAAUAGGUCCAACUUCACACAGGAAAACAUUAAAUAACACACAGCCUCGAGCGUAUAAUAUUCAGUUUGUUUGAUUACAUUCAUUAGUGUGACAUAUGGAUAUGAAAAUUAUAGUUAGAUACAGUAUGUGUUCGUCGAAGUAAACAUGGUUUACAAAAAGAAAAUUUCACGGUUGCAAAUAAUUGAAAAGAAUAGGACUUGCAGUUGAAGAUCAUUGUAUUUCAAUUCAAAUUUCUGUAAUACAAGAUUAACACAACUGAAGCAGAGGUGAAAUUAC